CCAGCAGAAGCAGAGGGAAAAAAAGAAAAGAUUUAUUGUUCAAGAUGUCGUCAAUUAUUGUUUAAUCAGUUUCUUUUGAGGUUAACUAAAACUAACACCUUGUUGGUUUUGGUUUAGCUUUUUUUAGCUUCUUUACCCCAUAAAUUUGCAGUUAAAACCAAUACACCCGGAAAAAAACUUUGAAAAGAACAAUCUUCCUGCUACUUAGCAUAGGUUUCAAGUUGCAUUACCUGUAGAGGAAGAGUUCUCACUGUUGCAUCCUAUGUUGAUUAGGCCUACCUUAAACAGGUCGAGACAAAAAAGAAUUAAAACAUCAGAUUUAAUUGAUUUAAGAAGCAAUAUAAUACAAUUUAAGAAUAAAGAAGACAAGAGAGAAAAGUAAAUCCCUCAAGUAUAUUGUAAAAUACCCAAUGUGCUUUGCAAGAUUUGACUAUGAGGUGAUUUAAUGUUGAGUGAGAGAGGCCGAGACAAAAAAAGAAUUAAAGCAACAGAUUAAAUCGAUUUAAGAAGUUAUUUAAUAUAAAAGAAGAAUAAAGAAGACAAGAGAAAAAGGAAAAUCCCUCAAGUAUAUUGUAAAAUACCUAAUAUGCAUUGCAAGAUUUGACUAUGAGGUGAUUCAAUGUCGAGUGAGAGAGGUCGAGACAAAAAAAGAAUUAAAGCAACAGAUUAAAUCGAUUUAAGAAGUUAUUUAAUACAAAAGAAGAAUAAAGAAGACAAGAGAAAAAGGAAAAUCCCUCAAGUAUAUUGUAAGAACCUAAUAUGCAUUGCAAGAUUUGACUAUGAGGUGAUUCAAUGUCGAGUGAGAGAGGUAGCAUCAUGUAACUACUAGCCACUUAAAAAGGCAUACUUUUUAGUUACGUCGAGACAAAAAAAGAAUUAAAGCAACAGAUUAAAUCGAUUUAAGAAGUUAUUUAAUACAAAAGAAGAAUAAAGAAGACAAGAGAAAAAGGAAAACCCCUCAAGUAUAUUGUAAAAUACCUAAUAUGCAUUGCAAGAUUUGACUAUGAGGUGAUUCAAUGUCGAGUGAGAGAGGUAGCAUCAUGUAACUACUAGCCACUUAAAAAGGCAUACUUUUUAGUUACGUAAGAAUCUAUGACCUUUUCUAAUUAGUUACUAGCUUAUGUGAUAAGAUUUAUAGAAAUAAAAAGUGCAAGAAUAGAAAUGUUAACUUGCUUCAAAAAUUUUCCUCUUAAGUGUCCAAUAUGUGUGCAAAGUUGUUCAAGUCAAUCCGCAAUGAAGGCUCAUAUAUUAUAUCACACCGGAGAGCGUCCCUUUAAAUGUUUGGCAUGUGGAAAAACCUUUUUCCGAAAACAACAUGUAAAAACACAUUUGAUGAUACAUUUUGGGAAAGAUCAUUAUAAGUGCCCAACAUGUGGAAAAUCCUUUACAUCCAAAUACUAUAUGAAGACACACACACUAGUUCAUACAGGACAGGGACCUUACAAGUGCUCUACAUGUGGAAAAUCCUUUAAAACCAAAAGCCAUAUGAAGCUACAUUUAUUGGUUCAUACGGGAGAGAGACCGUAUAUUUGUUCUACAUGUGGAAAAUCCUGUACAUACAAAGGCGAUAUGAAGAAACACACACUAGUUCAUACAGGAGAGAGACCUUACAAGUGCUCUACAUGUGGAAAAACCUAUUCAUCUAACACCGCGAUGAAGACACAUGCAUUGACUCAUACAGGGGAGAGACCUUUUAAGUGCUCUACAUGUGGAAAAUCCUUUACAUGCAAAAGCCAUAUGAAGCUACAUUCAUUGGUUCAUACGGGAGAGAGACCUUAUAAUUGUCUUACAUGUGGAUCAUCCUUUACAUCCAAAGGUGACAUGAAGAGACACUCAUUGGUUCAUACAGAAGAGAGACCUUACAAUUGCUCUACAUGUGGAAAAUCCUAUAAAUCCAAAGCCGCUAUGAAGAUGCAUUCAUUGUGUCAUACAGAAGAGAGGCCUUACAAGUGCUCUACAUGUGAAAAAUCCUUUACAUUCAAAGGCGAUAUGAAGAGACAUUCAUUGGUUCAUACAGGAGAGAGACCUUACAAGUGUUCUACAUGUGGAAAAUUCUUUACAAACAAAGGCAAUAUGAAGAAACAUUCAUUGGUUCAUACAGGAGAUAGACCUUCUUACAAGUGCUCUACAUGUGAAAAAUCCUUUACAUCUAAAGGCGAUAUGAAGAGACAUUCAUUGGCUCAUACGGGAGAUAGACCUUCUCAUAAGUGUUCUACAUGUGGAAAAUCCUUUACAACCAAAAGCAAUAUGAAGAAACAUUCAUUGGUUCAUACAGGAGAGAGACCUUAUAAGUGCUCUAAAUGUGAAAAAUCCUUUACAUCCAAAUACUAUAUGAAGACACACACACUAGGUCAUACAGGACAGGGACCUUACAAGUGUUCUACAUGUGGAAAAUCCUUUAAAACCAAAGGCCAUAUGAAGCUACAUUUAUUGGUUCAUACGGGAGAGAGACCUUACAAGUGUUCUACAUGUGGAAAAACCUUUACAUCUAACACCACGAUGAAGACACAUGCAUUGAUUCACACAGGGGAGAGACCUUUUAAGUGUUCUACAUGUGGAAAAUCCUUUAAAUCCAAAGGCGAUAUGAAGAGACAUUCAUUGGCUCAUACAGGAGAUAGACCUUCUUAUAAGUGUUCUACAUGUGGAAAAUCCUUUACAACCAAAAGCAAUAUGAAGAAACAUUCAUUGGUUCAUACAGGAGAGAGACCUUAUAAGUGCUCUUAAUGUGAAAAAUCCUUUACAUCCAAAGGUGGUAUGAAGUAACAUGUAUUAGUUCAUAUGGGAGAGAGACCUUAUAAUUGUGUUACAUAAUAUGUGGAGGGCCCCUUAAUGACUGUAAAUAAGUGUCUUUUUCAUAGAAUGUACGCCUAUUUUUUUCACUACAGUAUCUCAUUAAACUUUUAGCUUUCUUCGUCUGUAACCUAACCUAAUCUAACGAAUAAUAAAAUCUACGCAUAUUGUAAGACAGGUAUUUUCCUGUAGACGUGCAGAAUCCUACUAAUAUUAUAAAUGAGAAUGUUUGUGACAAGGAAACGCAAAAAAUACUGGUCGGAUUGGGCUGAAAUUUGGUGUGAUGAUAGGUCACAUUCCCGAUUAACAUAUAGCUGCAUUCUUAUCUCAAAAGCCAUUUCGGGCUCCGCUCCAGUGGCUCUGGAGUUUGCCAUGUUAACUUAAUGAGUAAUCAUAUUUAAAAGGAAUGAAAUAAUUGUAUCAGCUGUUUCAACUACACAAGUUGGUUCAAUGAUAUUAAAUACCAUUAAAAAGUUAAGGUUUACCAACAGGGUGCAAUACUAUAAUUUUUUUACAUUUAUGACAACAUCUAAUUUGAACCAACUCAAAACAAAACUCUGUGGAAAAAUAGUGAAUUUCAAUAAUAAAUUACUAAUAACGAAUAUCUAUGUGGUUUGGUUCAUUGAAAUAAAAUAAUGUUAUGAGGUGAGGAUUUUAAAAGUAAAAAUAUUGAUUGGUCUCCAUGGUUGUAAUGAAAACAAUCACAACGUUUAAAUUUGCUUUGAUCUUUUAAUUCAAACCAGAAAAACUAAAACAUCUCCCGAUCGUAACACCCACCCACCACCGCGCCGUGCCGAUGGCGUGACGUCAGUCUCUUCUCUUGAGGGAACACCAUUACCGCAAGCCAUGAGCUUUGGUGGUGUCAAAGAGGAUAGCGUGUCGGGCUGAUAAUCCGAAGGUGCCGGUUUCGAAUCUCGCUGGUAGCACUUACUUUUUAUCAACAAUUUUUUUCAUAUCAGCAAGUUUGGUUGGCUUGGUUAGGUUAUGACAGUUUAAUUUUAUAAUUAUAAAAUUGAAUUUGAGACAUUUAUAAUUUUAUUUUUAGAACAGAACUAUUUUUUCGAUUAUUCAACUUUCAUUCGAAUUUUUAAUUAUCAGCAAGUUUGGUUAGUUUGGUUAGGUUAUGACAGUUUAAUUAUAUUUAAUUUUAAUUUAACCUACAAACGAUACUUUUUAACAGUCACAGUGAUAGAGAUAACAAUUUGCCGUAACAGUUAGGCUAUGCUGAUGCGCCGGUAUGAUUCGGAAGCGUACGGCAUGGUGCGGUGGAGGGUGGUGUUACGAUCGGGAGAGUCUCGUCAGAAAAACUGCCAAAUCGCUUAUUUCACAAUUUUAGUCAGCUGAUCCAAAGAAAAUAAUUAUAAUAUUUAACACAACUAUGGGGUAGGCUCAAUUAAUGUAAAACUUGAUCAUGGAUUAUGUUUUUCUAAACUAUUUCAAUGGUUAUAGAAAUAUAAAAAAGGUUCUAUGUCUGUUGCAGUAUCAACCCAGUCUCUGCUUUAAAUUUUUUUUAAUGUCUUAAGUCAUGGAAAUAAUGUGAUUGAUAUAUUUUCAUGGAACCAGUAUAAACAUUACAAUGUAUAGAUGCUUUGUAGCCUAUGAUUUUUUUAGAAUUCUUUUGAAUUCAACUAAUUAACUUGUGUCAUUAACGUAACAUAACUUACCCUUCAUUUACUUGUUUACAUGUAGGUUAAUUUAGUAACUGUGUUUUGUUACACCUAUGCUUAAAUUAAACUUAAGAGUACCAUAAAUAACUAAAUUGUACACAGAUAUUUUUUUGUUUUA